AAGCUUAGCGUUCUAUCCUCCGUGUUUCUCACACCACGCGCGACGUUCUUCCAUUUGUUUCGUUCACCCGCGGAAGACCACUGCGGGGCACGGUCUAAGCGAGUCUACAUCAACGAUUUUUAUCCGAAAACGGUGCGAUGGCGGCCAGUGAUCUGGGCCGCCUGGCGGAGGCCCUCUAUGACACCGCCUUCAUUCAGGAGCUCUUGGUCCUUGUGACCUUCGCCCUCUCCUACACUCUUUGGCGCCGCGUCCGACGCUCGUCGUGGCCAGCCACGCGGAGCAAAGCGGACGCGGAACCCGCGAAGGCGUCGCGCCCAAACCUCCAUCGGGCGAAGCCGAAGGUGCGCGACUUCACCGACGCAGAGAAGGAGCAGGCGAAAGCAUCUGAGGCCGAAAUGAAAGAGCUCCUGGUCCAGAAUGAGUUUACACGCGCGCUCAAUUUGUAUCGCCGGACGGAGCGCUGGAACCUGGAAGCCUUCUUCACCGAGGAGCUCUUCGGCUGCUUCGUGCAGUCAGGGAUCCGUGUGAACAAGGUGGACGUGGUCGAGCGCAUGCUCCGGAGCUUGAAACGAGCAAGGAAGGAAGCUCCUUCGAAGGAGUUUUGGCAGCAAACCCUGAAGCUCAUGUCCAGCAGAAAACACUUCAGCCUUUGCUUGUUGGCGUACAGCAUCUUCGAGCAUGACAUGCCUGUGGACAAGGUGAUCUUUUCCUGUUUGAUCAAUGCUGCUCUGGAGCUGAACGCGGAAUCGCGGCUGGAAGCACUUCUGGAGAAGUAUAGCCAGGCCUCGCUGAGUCCCAAGGAUCACAUUUUGCACUUCCGAUGCUACGUGCAGCUGAACUCCGCCGAUGCGGCGGAGCAGCUCUUUCACCGGCUGGGCGAUGAGGUGAGCAACUUGAUGUUGAACAUGUUGUUGCUGACCUGCGUGAACCAGAAGCAGCCGGAGCGAGCCUACCAGCUCUUGCAAGAUGCCAAAGUGCGAGAAACAUCAGCCAAAGAUAAGCUGGUGGACAUUGUCUCCUACAAUACGGUCAUGAAAGGCUUCGGAGCUGCUCAGAUGCGCUCCCGCUGCCUCGACGCUGUCCGCGACUUGAUCGAACAUGGCCUGCAGCCCGACGACAUCACGCUGGGAGCAUUGAUGGAAGCAUGCGUGGCAGAAAGCGACCAUGCGCUGGCCCAGCAAAUUGGAGAUGUUCUCAUCUCCAGUGGUCGUGAAGUGAAACCUCCCAUGUGCAACCUCUUCAUCAGAGGUUUGGUGAAGGCGGGUGGCAUUUGGAAGGCUUUGGCGCUCUAUGAGGCGAUGAAGAAGCAGCAAGUUCGUUUCCCAGACAUUGUGCUCUUUUCAGUGCUCAUCAAGGCCUUGGUGGGCCAAAACGCCUUGGCGAAAGCCUUGGAGCUGGUGGAGGACAUGAAAGCCCAUGGCCAUGCCAUGGAUGACAUCAUUCUGACCCACCUCCUCGAGGGCUGCAGGCAUGAGAGCCGCUAUGAGUUGGGCAAGGAGCUCUUCCAGAAGUCCAUCGAUGCAGGCGUUGUGCCUUCAGACUUCACGCUGGUCACGCUCUUGAAGCUCUACGGCCGCUGCGGAGCUCACGCAGAGGCCUUCCACUUGCUCCAGAGCUGGGAGCGGCGCUUCAGACAGAAACCCUCAGUGAUCCACUACACUUGUCUUAUGAGUGGGUGCUUUCGCUUCAAGAAGUAUGACCAGGCCUGGGCUGCUUUCGAGUUGAUGCUGCACCAUGGGGUUCAACCAGAUGACACCACCUUCACCACGAUGAUGGGCAUCCUUCAAAGUCAAGAAUGGGAUCGAGCGUCUUGGAGAAAUGCAGGACACGGGAGGAGGUGUUUCACACCAACCCGGUGACCCGGUGACUCGUAGAGUCGAGGUCCUCAUAGAAGUAGAACUUAUAUAAGCAAGUCCUGGUUUUGGCCCGCCUGGCCAGCCGCACGCGGAGCGAGGGCAGUGGCCGCGGAAAACUGCUGGCGAACUGCGUCCAGAUGGCCAGUGCCAGUGAGUCCGGCGCGAGUCCGGAGCAGCUGCGAGAACUCAAGGCCUUGAAAGCCAAGUGCCGUUGAGGUAAAAAGAAGACAUCACGGGGGGGUGCCGAAGGUUGAGGUUCAAUACGUUCUGAUGCCUCAACACCGAUGGCAGAAGGGCCUUUGGGAGGGAAGGGAAUAGGGCACUGUAGGAAGAGUGGAAUUCCCGCACCACCCAAAGGGUGGUUAU